CAUAGUACCACGAGCAAACAUACUUCCCAACCUCGUGGAUAGUGCAAAUGGUGUUCCCUUGAGAAGAAUCGCGGCGGUGAACAACACGCAAGCUGACGGAUCACAGAAAGGAUCAUUUGGAAGCUGAAAAGUAUAAAUCUCGAGGAUAUUGUAUAAUUGAUCUCAGUUGUCUGAGUAUUGAAAUCUCAUCAGACCUCUCAUCUCUCUAUUUUAGAGAUCAAUUGUCCACAUUCAUAAACACGGCCGUUCGCAUCCUUCUGCCUUUUGGGGCUUGCGAAUCAGAAUGCAGUUCACACUACUUCUUUCGAUCUUCUCCCUUGCCCUCUUUACUUCAGCGGCUCCGCAGCUUCGACCUGAACCACCAUCACCAACCACCCUUACUUUCCACCCAGCUUCUACAUCUAUUCCCCUUUCUACAUCUACCGCAGCGGCCAGUCCAGAACCUUUAGCGAUUUUCACUGUGAGGGAUUUCGUGGCCUUUGUUGCCGACAAUGGCACCGCAUCGACUGCAAAUUACGUCAAGUUCUACUUCAUUGAUCCGCGACCCGACUUUACGCUAGCUCUGAACUGCCUUCUCAACGGCACUAUCUACAAACCGCUCUUUUCUUCGUGCGAAGGAAGGGGCGCCAAAUUCAGACUAAAUGACGGGCAACUAGAGAUCAAGAGAGACUGGCAUGUCGUUGAGGAUCGGGCAUGGAUUAUCGGCUUCGCCCCACAAGGCACGUACUGGAAAGAAGGAGAAGGUGGCAACGUGACCAAGGUUGAAGGUGGUAAAUUGUACACCAGAACUGCUGAAUGGCAAUUUCCAAUCAAGUCUGCAAUUGCCAGUUGGGAUCCAUGAAAAUUGCAACGUACGCUAGACGAGACUUGCACUGUUCCGGAUAGUGGUAGAUACGAGACUGUAAAUUAACAAACAAAAUAAUCAUAGACUGGCAGCGGCGGGGGAUGGCGCGCUUAAGAUGUAUACACUGGGGGGAAUACGAAAGGAAAGGCGGUCAUUAUGAGGAAUU